GGGCGGAAACAACCCUGCAUUACUGUGCUUAAACAGGUUGGUCGCGGAAGACACCAAUGUCGACUCACCACUGUUUACAGUAGUCUUAUAGGGAAUGAUGGAAGUAGGCCAGAAUUUUUUUUCGCAAUGCUACCUACCUCAUAAGUGCAAACUUGGGAAAUCUGAUUUAGUGUGCAAGUCCAAACUGAUCGGCGGCUUGAAUGGAACACAGCCCGCGACUUUUGAGUUUAUCGAUAAAUCGUUUAGUCAAAAUAGCCAGUGUUAAAAUCGUUUAAGUGAGCAAUUAAAAUUGUCUUCUGAUGAUCUGAGAAGAUACUUUUAACAAUUUGGGUCCUUUUUUUACAUCAAAAUUGACUCGUACUAAAAUUCAAUGAAGCGCAAUCAAUACCAUUGCAUCUAUUUUUGACAGUAACUUGUUUUCAGUGGGACAACUUAGGAAGGCCUAAAACCUUUAACCUUCUUAGCGCCUUUUUAAGAUAAAAGGAAAGAAGAAAUUAAGUCAAGGGAGAUCAAUAUAUAUAAGAUGGGCAAGAGAAGGAGUGUUUUCCUGCGCGUUAAUAGACCUCUUUAGCUUGUAUGUUUUCUUUUCUCUAUCAGGGAGGUCUGAGGGGAAUUUGCCCCUUUGUCUUUUCAUAAAUUAUGCGUACAUAUGCACGGGUAUGAGACGAAAUAUGAUUGAAACAGUUCUCUAGAGUAUUAUCACAUGACAUGCAUCGGAAAAACAAAACAUUCCAGCUAAAGAGAUCUAUUUAUCCUUUCCAUUCUCCUUCAAAAGCAUACCAAGGGAGCUGCUGCAAAACCUGAAGUCUCUUUUGGAAGAAUACUGAACGCAAAAAGAAAACGCUCAUGCUCAUGAGCUGUAGGAAAGACCCUGAGAACAGGGGCGGCUUUCUAUAUUAAUAAGGUUUGAGUUUCUUUAAUUAAGAAUUGAAGCAAAGCAGUGGUUUGUUCAGCAACUGAAGCUUUAAAUGUUUGUGGCAACAACUACAGAAACCAUGCCAUUAAGCCUAUCAAGUGCCUACUGAAUAAGCAAAUUAUGCGUUCUGUCCGUGCUAUGUGCUGUGAUUCAUAAAUUCGAUUCGCUAGUCGUCACUUACUGCACAUGCUUUAAAUAAAUGCAUACCGUUUGCCUAAGGUGCGGUCCCUUUUCCCUAAUAAAUGAGUAGAAAAUUACACUGCAUUAUAGGAUUAAACAAAGCCAUAUUUUAAAAGGGCCUAAUGAAGCAACAUAUUAUUUUUUAGUGGGGGCUCGGAGUGUUUCAUAUGUGUUCAUAUGCUUUCAAGAGGACUUCAUUCUGAAAACAAAGCACAUGGAGUUUUGGGAAAAGGACAGUAAACCAUAUUUAGUGUCACUGACACUAAAUAUAGUGUUUGCAGGUGCUAUAAGCUGCUAUUUUAGUGUAACAAAAAAGGCGUGUCCAUGCUCCUUAUAUUACUUACUCAGUCUUCAAUAUAUAAGAUCGACUGUGGAUGUGUGCGAGACUACUCUUAAAAGGUGUUGCCUUUACAGCUCAGAUGCUCUGACCGUUAGAGUUUAAAAGGAAAAAUGAAGGAAGUGGAACGAUCGAGACAAAUGGAAGAUCCCCGUGAAGCGUGUGACGUUUCAUCAGGAGAUAAGAGGUAUUCGACCAAUCAAACAACGCGGAAAAAGAGGCCGAAACGAAAGUGUUCUUCAUUGUCCUACGUUGAGGCAAUAUCCUACGCUAUUCUCCACUCACCACUAAAACGAGUCACGUUGUCUGAGAUCUACGAUUUCAUUCAGAACAACUAUCCUAGUUUUACCCAGAAUAGAGUACGCUGGAAGAACACUGUCCGCCAUAAUCUGUCACGUCACGAAUGCUUUCAGCGAGGAGAGAUCGCGAUGCACAAGGCUGGCUGUUACUGGCGGAUCCAUCCCAGCUUUUUGGCAGAGUUUAGCCAUGGAGAUUUUUCAAGACGUAAAUUGCUGCCGAAUCCUCCUUUGAGCCAGGAAGGUACGGGCAAUUUGGUUCAUAACUACUCCACUAUUCAAAGUCCUUUCUUCCCCGGCUAUACUUAUAACUCAAACCCGCCAUUUCCAGUUCAGUCCUUUGGAUCGCUGCAUUUUAACCAGGGAGGCAUUCCCACAGUUUACGAUCAACAUUUCUGUUUACCCUGGCAUCACUGCAUUCUCAACGGGACACCGUUUAGUUAACUUUGAGCUCGUGCAAUGAUUUUCCGAAAAAAAAAUGCAUUUCCGUUUUAUUAAAAGUAACUGGACCAACAGUAUUUUUCAGGCUUAUUGAAACAUUUACUCCUUUUUUCGUUUUUCAUUAGGCCCGUAGUGUUCGUCUUAAAGUUGUAAAACAUGUAAUCAAGCAAACAUUCAAUAAAGAUAUAUAUCCUUAAGUAUACAUUUUACUGUUUGCAAUCAAACCGGUGACUUAAAUCCCCUCCGAAAGUAGCUAUGCUUCCCCCUUGUAAGAAGCGACGGCUUAAUUUUUGCGUCGUUUUUAAUUUCGUUACCUUGCUUUUUAUGACCACUAAUCACUGACGUUUCUUUAUAAUUUCAAUCUGAGAGCUAGGUUUUAAACCAGUGUCUUGUUAUCUCCGCCGAAAUCUAAAGGCUUGCAAAUCUCGAAAGGAACAAGGGUUGUUAUUCUGAAUUUGAACGCUACAGCUGCCCAAUAAAGAACUUGGGCGUCAACUCUAUAUGUCGCAUAAAACUAAGUACACACCCAUGUAGGAAGAUUAGGAGGCUACAUUUUGUCGAUAAGCACCACCACAGCGCCUGUGCAACCUCCAGCUAUCAAUUAUCAGAGUUCGUGUCCUUUCACACUUCAUGCGAUUUCAUACCUACUUAAUCACAGUUAGAUAGACUUUUAAACUGUUCGACAGAGAUAAGAGUACUCGUCGUCUUGUGUUCGUCGUUCCUAAAACGUUGCAUCAGCGAAUUUCGCGUUUCAGUUGUCACUGAGGAGGAGCGCAAAAUGUACAAAAAUUGCAUGUGAUGCCGGCGUUACAAUUUUUAUCAUAAAGCAGUUCUUUUUCCACGUGGUUCCCGUUCCGGGGAGCUAAAGCUAGCGACCACCACGACGACAGCGGUUGUGAACAGUCCCUAAAACCUUAUAAAAUCUAGUACAUAUUGUUUAAUUUUUUUGUGUUCUCGUUUUGGACGUAUGACAAACUUUAUUACCUGACUGAGCACGCAGCUGCCGGCGUUCUAAGCCAAAGCCCAAGCUCCUGUCCUCAGUGAGAGGUGCUAAAUUAGAGAAAAACACAAACAAAAAGAGGAACAACACAACAAAGUCAGCUUGCAGUGAUUUGUCUUCGUUUAAAGUGAAAUUUUCUGGUCUCUUCCAUCAUGAUUUUCUUUUCCUUUGAAUGUUUGUGGGACUUCUAAGUCAUUUUGUGAGGAAAACAGUGGCGGCUUCGUGUGCUGAAAUGAACCUGAACCGUGAGUCUCAACCUCUUAAAUUGGGCUAGCUGGAUGAUCAACAACCCUUCCAGUCUGCUAAAAAGGAUGAAUUGGAAAAUAGGCCUUCAUUAAAUUGCAACAGCUAGCCUACUUCAACAUUGAACAUUUCGAAACUAAUUUUUCAAGCAUCCAUUGGCAUAACACGUUUUACCGAAUUUUAAUAAGGUUCUCUUUCCGAGCUUGAAACCACAUGCUAAUAGAGUACUAGUAGUGUGACAAUUCAAGGCCUGUGUAACUCAAACGGCGAGUUCAUAAAAAAGGUGACAAUAUUACUUUUCUUUGGUACUUGAGUUAAUUAGCCUUAUUUAUCAAUAUUGCAACUGCAGAAUUGAAAACAACUUUUACCUUGAAUAGAAACAUUCAUGAUGCCCAAUUAUCAUGAAGACAAAAGAAUAACUAAAUUAAUUGUCACCAAUCUGGAAUAAGGAUCCACAGUAAAGUAAACGGUUUAAAGCAAAAUGUUGACCAUAUGAUUUUUUAUACUUUUAUCGUCAAAGACGCGCAGAAGGUAGCUUGAGAAAACAGCCGACAUUUCUUGACGCAACCACUGCGCUCCCCGCGCGCGAAAUGUCGGCCCUGUAUCUGAAAGGCAAUAUUACAAAAGGCAGCCCUCGUCCUCUGAAAUCAAUAUUAGUUAACUUUAUUAUUAUUAUUAUUAUUAUUAUCAUUAUUGCUUGUUAAACUCGUUAUCGAUCUUUGAAAUAUAAGAAAUACUUUCGUACCACGGAUCAAGAUUACAACAUAGCUUUGUCAUUAUAUUUUUCUUUAUAAGAUCCUUAGCAAUACUCCCGUUGACGUCACCUAUUGAUAAGGGGGCUUUAGCAACCACGACGACGACGACAACGAAAACGUCAAAAAACAAUUGUUUGACCAAAACUACAGCUCUACACGUGCGUCACCCUUUUUAGUACAUUUCUUCGACGUCCACUGCACGACUCACGCGAAGUGAAACCUCCUAGCUUCACUACGAGAAUAUAGUCACGAAAUUUUGCCGCGCUAUCGAUAAGCCUUCCAAUCAUCUCGUUCCUUUUACACAGCUGGUUACUGCUCCUGUGGGACCGUGGCGUUCCAACUUAAAAUCAAGUUUUCAAUUUUUCCCUGGGAACAGGGGCGGUUUUCUGUUAUAUUACUAAAGUUUGAGUCUCUUUAAGAAUUGAAGCAAAGUAGUGGUUUGACUAACAACUGAGGCUUAAAAUGUUUGUGGCAACAAUAACAAAAACCAUGCCAUUAAGCCCUCCAAGUGCCCACUCAAUAAACCAUAUGUGUUCUGUCCGUGCUACGUAGUUCUUAAUGCCAUUCUAGUCGAGUACUCAGUGCACAUGCUUUAAAUAACUGCAGCCCCUAAGAGUUGAGUUGAAAAUUACGCUGCAUUUAGUAUAGGAUUAAACUGAAAGCCAUAUUUUAAAAGGGCUUAAUAAAGCUUCCAUCGCGACAAACAUAGUAUUUUUUAGCAGGGGCUCAGAAUGUUUCAUAUGCGCUCAUAAGCUUUCAAGCGGACUUCAUUAUGGUAACAAAGCACAUGCAGUUUUGAAAAAAGGGACAGUAAAGAAGUCAACUUAAUGAGUUUUUUUAGCGUCACUGACACUAGUAUUUGCAGGUGCUAUAAACUGCUAUUGUAGUGCAACAAAAAAGACGUGUUUAUGCUCCUUAUAUUACUUCUCAAAUAUAUAAGAUCGACUGUGGAUGUGUGCGAGACUACUCUUAAAAGGUGUUGCCUUUACAGCUCAGUUUCUCUGACCGUUAGAGUUUAAAAGGAAAAAUGAAGGAAGUGGAACGAUCGAGACAAAUGGAAGAUCCCCGUGAAGCGUGCGACGUUUCAUCAGGAGAGAAGAGGUAUUCGACCAAUCAAACAACGCGGAAAAAGAGGCCGAAACGAAAGUGUUCUUCAUUGUCCUACGUUGAGGCAAUAUCCUACGCUAUUCUCCACUCACCACUAAAACGAGUCACGUUGUCUGAGAUCUACGAUUUCAUUCAGAACAACUAUCCUAGUUUUACCCAGAAUAGAGUACGCUGGAAGAACACUGUCCGCCAUAAUCUGUCACGUCACGAAUGCUUUCAGCGAGGAGAGAUCGCGAUGCACAAGGCUAGAUGUUACUGGCGGAUCCAUCCCAGCUUUUUGGCAGAGUUUAGCCAUGGAGAUUUUUCAAGACGUAAAUUGCGGCCGAAUCCUCCUUUGAGCCAGGAAGGUACGGGCAAUUUGGUUCAUAACCACUCUACUAUUCAAAGUCCAUUCUUCCCCGGCUAUACUUAUAACUCAAACCCGCCAUUUCCAGUUCAAUCCUUUGGAUCGCUGCAUUUUAACCAGGGAGGCAUUCCCACAGUUUACGAUCAACAUUUCUGUUUACCCUGGCAUCACUGCAUUCUCAACGGGACACCGUUUAGUUAA